AUGACGGCACUUUUUCUGCUCUUUCUUCAUCGAAGGAGCACUACCAGUAAUGACUGGCAUAAAACGGCAAAUUUCUCAUUCGCCUGGUUAUUGCCUUACUCUUUAUCUUCUCGACGAUGGUCUAUGCCGGCUUUCUGUGGGAAUAAGUCGAACCCCCAAGACCUGCACAAACAUCCGAUGGAGGAAAACUCUGUGGCCCCAGAGGAUUCUAUGGAAUACACAGAUCGUUUUGUGGAAUUCAUGAAAAAGUUUGGCAAAAAUUAUAAGGACAAUGCAGAAAUGCUGAGGCGAUUCAAGACCUACGAGAAGCACAUGAGAGAAGUGUCGGUACUGAACAAAAAUAAAAAAUCCAAUGCCCAGUUCGGAGAAAACGAUCUGAGCGAUUGGACCGAUGAGGAGUUCAGAAAGUCCCUUUUACCGCUGUCAUUCUACAAACGACUACGGAAGGAGGCCACAUUCAUUCGAAAUGAUCCCCCGAAGCUUGAGCGAGCAAUGCCUGCUCCGGAUCAUUUCGAUUGGAGAGAUAAAAAUGUCAUUUCACCAGUGAAAGCUCAAGGGAGCUGCGGGUCCUGCUGGGCAUUUGCAGCUACGGCUACCGUAGAAGCUGCUUGGGCUAUUGGUCACGGUGGUGAAAUGCGAAACCUCUCUGAACAGACUCUUCUCGAUUGUGACCUCGAAGACAACGCUUGCGACGGUGGCGAUGAAGAUAAGGCAUUCCGCUACAUUCAUCGGCAUGGUCUCGCAUACGCUGCUGAUUUGCCAUAUGUUGCUCACCGACAGAAUACUUGUAACGUUAAUGACAACACCACAAAAAUUGAGGUAGCCUACUUCCUGCAUCCUGAUGAACAAUCAAUGAUCGAUUGGCUGGUAGGAUUUGGCCCAGUGAACAUCGGAAUCUCUGUCACACCAGACAUGAAACCAUAUAAAGGCGGUGUGUUCAACCCAAACCCCUAUGACUGUAAGCACAAGGUGGUUGGACUGCAUUCAUUAAUGAUUGUCGGUUACGGUACAACUGAAGCUGGUGAGAAGUACUGGAUUGUGAAGAAUAGCUGGGGUAAUACGUGGGGUGUUGAGCACGGCUAUGUAUAUUUUGCACGAGGUGUAAAUGCUUGUGGCAUUGAAGAUGAGCCUAUAGGUAUAUUGGCUUGA